GCACAGAUGAUGAUCUGCUGACUUGACUAACUCAGAAAUGUCAGGCAAUGCCAACAAAACAACACUGAUAAUGAAAUAUUGUUCAAAAUGACUUUCCACUGUCCUGCAUUUCAUUUGGGCAAAGAAGUCAUACCGUUUGUCACCAGUAGGUGGCAAUAGAAGAUUACUAACGCGCUAAGAAGCUCAAGAAGAAGAAUGAACACACACUUUUGCUAAUGUUUAGAACGGCUUACACGUCGUGUUAUGAUCACGCAAAUUUCCAUAUGGUCAUAAAACCAAAAUAGCCUUCCAUAUAUGCAAAACUACCCCCAACACACACACUUGGAGCUCCCCAUCGCGGUUCACCUCAGAGCUUCGUUUACUAGCGCCAUGCGUGUAACCAUAGGCAACCUAGCGACACCAGUGAGCUGUCCAUUGGAGGAACGAAGAAUAUGAUAGGUUCAACUGAUCCGCGCUGAUCUGUGAUUGGUUGUAAUUGUGGACGUUUGUGUGGGACUUUCUGACAGGUAUGAGAGAGCAGGAACAGAAGGGCAGGCGAUGAUUCACUUCAGAAAUAUGGCGUCGAGGAAGAAGGCUGGGAACGGCGUUCAAGAAAAGGGUGCAAAUGGAAAGCAAUUAUCCAAACAUAAAGACGGACCUAUAGUGAUGGACACUAAGGCUGUGUUUGCAGCCCUGUAUGAGGUGUGUGAGGAGAACACUACUUUUUUCGCUGGCACACAAGCGGGAGAUGCUCCACAGAGGCUGGUUGACGCUACGUUGACCAUUCAGAAACACGCUCGCAGCCUCGAGCCGGUUAUCUGUGGCUUUGCUGCCAUCUACCAUCACUUUGACUUUGACCCUCACAUUCCUGCUAAUGGAUACCGCUCAAUAGUGAAGGUGGUGCGUUGCUGUCUUCUUCACAUCAUCCACAAGUCACGCCACAUUGCAUCUCACAGACGGAGCAUCUUCUUCCGUGCAGCCCAUUAUGCUGCAGAGAUGGAAGCUUACAGCUGUGCUCUGUGCCAGCUGAGAGCUCUGCUCUACCUCGCCCAGAGGCUGCUCCAUGACAACAGUCACGGCAACCUCUUCUACCAAGAUGAGAAUGGUCUCAGCCAGCUCUUUCUUCGAGAGUAUGCCUCCAUGCACAAGGGCUGCUUUUAUGGCCGCUGUGUUGGCUUCCAGUUCACUCCAGCCAUCCGUCCACACCUGCAGAGUAUUACCAUAGGCUUGGUCGCGUUCGGAGAUAACUACAAGAGGUAUCAUUCCGGCAUAGUGGAAACAGGAGCUAGUACAUCAUAUGGUGUUGCUGCUAGUUCCUUAUUCACCUCUGGAAAGUAUGCCAUUGAUCCUGAGCUGAGGGGCCUGGAGUAUGAGCGAAUCACUCAGAACUUGGACGUUCAUUUCUGGAAGACAUUCUGGAAUAUCACUGAAAGCGAAGUUUUGGCAGGCUUGGCAAGUAUGACCUCCACUCAGGUAAAGGUGAAUCGCACUCUCUCUGUGCCACCUGAUUGCUUUGACCUGCCCUUGGUGGACGAUUCCACACACAUGGUUACAAUCUCUUCUCCGGUCGCCCAUAUCGGCCCUGGCCCAGUUCAGAUGAGACUCAUCUCCAGUGAGCUGAGGGAGGGACAGGACAGUGAAAAGCUGUUAGCAAUAUCCCGUUCCGAUGGUGGCUCUAUCUCUCGGUCCCUCAGUCUAAAGAUUAAGAAGAGCCCUCCAUCACCUUGGCUGGUGGUACAUUACCAUGGAGGAGGCUUUGUAGCACAGACUUCUAAAUCACACGAGCCAUACCUGAAAAGUUGGUCUCAGGAACUGAAUGCUCCAAUCCUGUCAGUAGAUUAUUCUCUUGCCCCUGAAGCCCCUUUUCCACGUGCACUGGAGGAGUGUUUCUUUGCGUACUGCUGGGCUAUCAAGAACCACAAACUUCUCGGUUGGACAGGAGAGCGAGUGUGUUUGGCUGGUGAUAGUGCAGGGGGUAACCUGUGCAUCACUGUGUCAAUGAUGGCUGUGGCACAUCGAGUACGCUUGCCGGAUGGCAUCAUGGCUGCAUACCCUGCUCUCAUGCUCACCACCUGUGCCUCGCCUUCCCGUCUGCUCAGCCUUAUGGAUCCUCUCCUUCCCCUUAGUGUACUGUCCCGUUGCCUCAGUGCUUACGCAGGUUUGGCUCCUCAGGAGGAGAAACGGGUAGAGAAAGUCAACGCUUUGGGGACGGUAACGAAGGACACUGCCCUACUAUUUAAAGGCUUCAGAGAGGGAGCCUCAAACUGGAUCCACUCACUCCUGGACCACAACAAAGCAAGUGCAGAGACCAUGAGGAACAGUGUAUCAGAGGGGACUCUCAAUUCUACCCAGUCUGACCCUCUGGUUCCAGGAACAUCCUCCGAGUUCUCAGUGAAAAGAGAAUCUCUGAAAAGCCACACAUGUGAGGGUCUGGUCAGCCACACUACCAGCACAUUCACCAACAGCAGCCACAACAGCACCAGCUCUACUGCCAACCUCAUUGCCAACCUCUCGCUUCACCAUCAUCCUAUCCUCAACACCACAGCAAUCCUUGAAAGCAAGUCAGAGGAUAUAAAUAUACUUUUCUCCAAAGAGGUAGACCCCUCCGUGUCAAGUUCAAUCUCAUCCGUGGCAGUACCUCCCCCUGACGGGGAAGGACACUCAGACAACCCACGGGGGUUUCCUGGAGACUUUGAGCCAUUGCGCUCAGAGCAGCUUGCCAAAAUGAAUGUUGAUUCCUCACCUGUCUUUAGAAAUCCCUACAUGUCACCUAUUCUGGCUCCAGACCAUAUGCUGAGGGGACUGCCUCCUAUUCAUAUAGUGGCCUGUGCUCUGGACCCCAUGUUAGACGACUCUGUAAUGUUCGCCAGACGACUACGGAGCAUUCAGCAGCCUGUGACUUUGUGUGUAGUGGACGACCUCCCUCAUGGCUUCCUUAGCCUGUCGCAGCUCUCUAAGGAAACCCACGAAGCCUCUAAUGUCUGCAUGGAGAGGAUCAGAGAUGUCUUCACUAUGAAAGACCUGCCUCCAGAGAUAAAGAAACACCGCAAGCUGGAAAGGACCGAUCAUUGUGCUUCAGGUGCCUCUACCAAGUUCUUUCAAAUAUCCACUAGUGAAGAUGGAAGAGAGGGUGUAGUUUGAAAGGUGAAAAGUGGUGACCAACAAAGCUGAUGCUUUCAGGCGAGAUUUGAAGAAGGAAUAUAGGACAAAAAUGAAAACAGGAAGGGUUUUGUAAACAAAAAGAAAUUAAGGCUGAAUACUAACUAAAAUCACUGUGCAAUGAACCAGCAGAACAAGAAUGAGUAAAAUGUUGCAGUAAUGUCUCUCAAAAGCGGUUUUAUUUAUACUUGAUCAGUAUUUGGCAGUAAGUAAAUAGAAGUGAGGGGACACUGCCGCUUAAGUGUUACAAAUGACCGUGCAUGUGCACUUGCACUUUUCAAAUAUACACAACUUUAACAAAAUAUUUCCACUUUGCCUCUGCACUGUAUUGCUUUGUUGAGAUUCUGAUUAUGAAUCAUACAAAUACCAGCAUGGAAACAAAUGCUUCCUGUCUUGUCGAGGCCUGAAGCUGAAUUUUCGUAAAUGUUGUUAUAAUACAGCUUUUUGAUGCACAUUGUUACUGAACUUCAUGCUUAUGCCAUAGGCAAGCUUUAAGGAGUCAAUCAAACCAAAUUUCUAUUCGUGGUAUACAUUUCUAGCUGUCUGUGUUACGUUGUGUGUUUGUGUGAAAGUGCUAGUUCUGCUGAUGUCUUUAAACUGCGAACUGAGACAAUGAAAAUACUGACCAAUGUCUGAUGCACAUGGCUUUUCAGAGUAGACUUGUGUAUACAUGGCUCCGGGGUUAAGGUUUAGAAGUUCAACUCCCAAGCUUUCAGAGAACGACUAUUGAGGCCUUAACCCUGAACUUCUCAGCUCCAGGCUUGCAUAGUAUCUUAGUUGUGAGUCAAUUUGUGUAAAAGUGCCUGCUAAAUGAAUAUAUCUAAAUGUAGAUUUUGUUUAUUACAUGUUAAGUACUUAAUGUUUAUUACAUGUUAUUUUAAGUAUUUUUGUAGUUGUUAGAGAUAGUUUAAUGUUAUUUCUGAGGCUGAACAAUCUUGCAUUAAGUCCUAAAAAAAAUCAAAUACAAGUUCAUCAGCAUGAGAGGAUUGUUGGCCUUCAAACACAGGAAGCUAUAACUAUAUAUAAUUAUAUUAUUAUAUAAUUAUAAUUAGAAUUAUAAUUCACCUAGUAUCAGCCAUCGUCCACGUGCAUGCUUUAGCCCAUCCGUUGCUGUGGAAUUAUAUCAGGAUAUAUGAGGAAAUAUUUUUGCACUUUCCGUUUCUCUGCCUGUUUUAAUAGUUUUUCUUGAUUUAGUUAUUGCUCAGUGGCUAUCGCUGCCUUUCUGCUUGUUGUUCGCUCUGCACACUGACCCAUUUCUAGAACCCAGGAGGUAUUUUAGGGAACAUCCUUGAGCAACCUUGAACCAGUUAGACAAUUCAUUUAGCAGGAGCAUGACUCUGCUCUCUCUGCAGAUGUCAUCUGUGAAAUCAUUCGAAUCAACCAGACUUUCAGAUUUCACUCCUUUCGGUUACACAACAGAUUUAAAGCAAAUCCAACAGCUUUCAGGGAUGGAUAAAUCAUAAAUUCAUCAGUUGAAACAUAUGAACCAACUUGAAUAUUUAAACAUACAUGUCAAGUUUUUAAAAAAUGCUUUGUGAAAUUCAUUAGAGCAUUAUACUUUCUUUACUCAGUGGAGAGGUGAAAGAGGCCGGUAACCCCUUUCUAACUACACAGUUGUGGCUUGUUCAUAGGAGCAAGUCAGGGCAGAGUCCUGUCCAUAUACGUUAUAUCAGCCAAAUGAAAAUCCUCAUUCGCAACUCCAUACAUUUUAAAUCCCAUUGAAAUACUCUUUUGAGUGAUCUACAAUAAAAAAAAUAAAAAAUUCUAUUCGACAAGUAUAAGCUAAUAUUUCACUGAUUUGCUCGCUUUUAUAGAUGUUGUGCAAUUGUGGGGCAGCAUACUCACUGCCCUAGAGCCAUAGAGUUAUUAUUGCACAUAGAAACCAAAAAUGGGAAUUUCAACAAGCGCUAAUAGUGGUCCACUGGGGAACAACUCACGCUGCCCCAUGCUUGGGGGGAGGAGCCGAGGACAGGACAGUUAAUUGCAGGGAUGCCAGGGUCACAGUUUUUACACCAAUUUGGGAUAAAUACUCAGCGGCUGCCAAGAUCUUGUUUUAGAGCAGAUAUUCUAAAAAUUAAAUCGAGUUAAUUUCCUCAAACUGAAUGUAAGUGCAGACGGUGUGUCUCCGAUGUCCGUGUGUACAGAACCAUUUCUAGCAUAAGAUAUAUUACAAAGAUUCAGAGAAGGAAAAGAAGAUUAUGGAGUGGAUUAUAUCUGUACAUCAGAAAUGCGUGUGCACCAUGGUGAUCACACUAGGGCUGAGAAAAAGAAGAAAAGUAUUAAAAAAUUGGCCUAUUUUCAGGUCUUUUUUGUGGUUUUUGAGAUGUAGUUAUGCUGGAAAUUUUGCUGAAACCUGGCAGCCCAGGCUGCCGAUGAUGAUGAUAUUAAUAUUAUUAUUAUUAUUAUUAUUAUUAUUAUUAUUAUUAUCAUCGAACACAGUUGACAAAACAUACAAGCUUUUAGACUGUAUGCUGGAGGACUGUAUUUUGUCAACACUCCCCGAUUACUCUAAAAAUGCACUAGAUAGUAGCCUAUAGCAUAAGUCACCUCUUGAUUUAAUGUUGUUUGAGGCUGUCGUUAUUAAUAUUGUCCUGUUCCACCAAAUUCUAUGAUCAUGAGCCACCGCUGCACCUAGUAAACCUACGUGUCCACCUACGAAGACUAUGAAUAAAAAUGAAUAACCUGGACAUGCAGUCUGCUUUCCCCAGGCACACGGGCCAUUGAUUUGUAAAUCUUUCUGUCUUUGUAGACCUGAAAAGCUUGCUGAAGCAAGCUAGUAUUUCUACUACGUCUACUAUUAUGCCUAUUUCUAUUAGACAACACAUUGCUACCUCAUCUGCAUCCAUCUCUGUAGGCAAAUGAACAGCUACAAAAGUAUUACCAAGUGACAUUAGUACUGUAUUCAGUUACGAUUCCUCCGUCAUCUCACACUAUCGUUACUGUGGUGUUAUCUGAGACAGUGUUGGACCAUGAUAUCUGUGAUUGGUCUUCUUCAGCUACAUGAGUUAGUAAAGUAUGGCUUAUACAGCACUCUAAUUAAAUAGACGCUUAUUUUCAGAGUGUUAGUUAUAGUUCCUGGUGAAUGUGUCGAUCUUCUUGGCUUGUGUGGUUUCUUGUUAAAAUAUUAUCCGGAAAAUGUUCUGUUCUGUUCUUUAAUUAACUGCAGCUUUUGUGUUUGCAUAGUGAGUAGGUCAGUCAUUGAGAGUGAAUUGUCCGUGUCAGGAGUUACUGUGUAUUUCUUCCAUUGUUAGGAAAACCAGCACUUUAUGGAUCAUGACAAGCUAUUCAAUAUACACUACGAGCUAUAAUAGACCAUUCAAACACAUAUACGCACAAAUACAUUUUUGUUUUAUGUAUUUUCUCUGUUAAAAACACCACAAGUGCAAAAAUGUAAAUGGAAAUUGAAUGUAUUUCUACUUUCCCUGCCUCACACAUUAGUUUUUAUUGGUUUGGUUUGGGAAUUGAUGAUUUUAUGCAGAAUUCUUUGAAUGAUGUAUAGGUUGAUAGGAGCACAUAGCGUAGAACAAGUAUUAAAAAACACUUUUAGGUUUAAAAAGAAAGAAAGAAAGAUUUUAUUUAUAUACUUCCUUUAGAGUCAUAGGAAUAGCAAGUUUUAUUUAAGAUUUGUGCAUUGAUUUGUUAUUUAGUAGAUAUUUACAUGUUGGCUCUAACAAAAGAAAAAUCGGUUAUCAGAUAAACCUUUUCUCAGACCCCUUUCUUGCUUAUUAGUUCAAUUUGUGCAAUUUAUGUUUUUCACGUUUCAUAUAUCUGUGGGGAGCAAAAAAAUAAAUUAAAUAAAACAAUCAAAUAACAGAUUUACAUUUGGUAGCAAAGCUACAAAAAAUGUACUACUGUUUGUAGUCUAAAUGUAAAUGUAAUCUAAAUGUAAAUCUAAAUCAAAAUCUAAUCCAAAGGUUAAAGUGCAGUUCAAAUGUUCUGCUGCUUUCUUCUCUGUUCUGCUGAGAUCAUAUGCAUUUUCUUAUUUUAUUUUUUUAAAUCAGUAUAUAUUUUCCAGAGCUUAUUGUUAUUGUAAAAAUGUAGUCAGAAACUAUUUUGUGGUUUUAUGUCCUGAUGCAUAUGUGGUUAAUGUUGUACAUGUGGUUUAUGCAAUAAACAGUAAUAAAAAAUAUAUAUUGUCAAAGCAUGUGCAUACAAGUGCUUUUUGUCAUAAUUGAUUCAUAAACUUACAUUGCAUACAUUAAUUACAAUGAAGUGUAACAUGAAAUAAAAUAACAAAGUAAAUGAUGACCAAGCACUGUGUGCACCAACAUCAUCCAUCAUCAACAAAGAAGCUGAAGAAUUUUCUCAAUAGGGGCCAGGACCUAAAUGUAAAUAGCUGUGAUGUCUUUGUGGGAAAAAAUAUAUAUUUUGCUCCCUCUGACAGUAAUACAUUGCAGUGCUGUGAAAAAGUAUUUGCCCCAUGCUGAUUUCUUCUGUUUUUGUGGACAACUCAUACUAAAUUGUUUCAGAAAUUAAAACAAAAUCUAGAAUAAGACAAAGGCAACCUGAAUAAACACAAAAUACAGUUUUUAAAUGAUAAUGUUAUUUAUUGAAGCAAAAAAAGUUAUCCAAUGCCAACUGGGCAUGUGUGAAAAUGUAUUUGCCCCUGUAGUUACUAAUUCCCCAAAUCUAUGAAACUGUAUUCAUAAUGGGGUUCAUCUGGACUAGACUCAACCAGGCCUGAUUACUGCAAACUCUGUUCAAUCAAAUCAACACUUAUAUAAAAAAUUUUCUUCAGCAUGAAGUUGGUUAAAAGGUCUUACUCAGUAACACACUAUGCCAAAGUUGAAAGAAAUUCCAGAAAUGAUGAGGAAGAAGGUGAUUGAAAUACAUCAGUCUGGGAAGGGUUACAAAACUAUUUCAAAAGCUCUGGGACUCCAAAGAACCACAGUGAAAACCAUUAUCUCCAAAUGGAAAAACUCAGCACAGUAGUGAACCUUCCCAGAAGUGUCCGACAGCAACUACUCAUCCAGCAAGUCACAAAAGAGCCAAAGACAACAUCAAAGGACCUACAGGCCUCUCUUACAUCAAUAAAGGUCACUGUUCAUGACUCCACUAUCAGAAAGACACUGGGCAAAAAUGACAUCCUGGGAAGAGUGUUGAGGCGAAAACCACAGAAUAUUAAGGCUCAUCUAAAUUUUGCCAAAACACACCAUGAUGAUCCUCAAACCUUUUGGGAGAAUGUUCUGUGUAUUGAUGAGUGGAAAGUGGAACUGUUUAGAAGACAGGAGUCCCGUUACAUCUGGUGUAAACCAAACACAGAAUUCCACACAAAGAACAUCAUACCUAUGGUAAAGCAUGGUGGUGGCAGUGUGAUGGUGUGGUGAUGCUUUGCUGCUUCAGGGCCUGAGCAACUUACAAUAAUUGAGGGAAACAUGAAUUCUACCCUCUUCCAGAAAAUCCUAAGGAGAAUGUCCGGUCUUCAGUCUGUAAAUUGAAACUCAAGCACCACUGGAUUAUGCAACAAGACAAUGAUCCAGAGCAUUGGAGUAAAUCCUAGUCCUAGAAGUAAGUGAAAGACUGAUCUCCACUUAUCGGAAGUGUUUGGUUGCAGUUAUUCCUGCUAAAGGUGGCACAACCAGAUUUUAAGUUUAAGGGGGCAAUUCGUUUUUCACAUGGGUGAUAGGUGUUGGAUAACUUAUUUUUGCUUCAAUAAUUUUUUUUUUAACUGUAUUUUGUGUUUACUCAGGUUGCAUUUGUUUUAUGUUGUAUUUCAUUUGAAGAUCUAAAGCUAUUUAGCAUGAGAUAUACACAAAACUACUUGAAAACGUAUAUUAUGUAUACUUUUUCACCGCACUAUAUACAACUUUACAGAAAUCCAAGGCGUGAAAUAAAAAUCAAUUCAUUUAUCCUUCCUUAGGUCUUAUCUAUUUUUUUAAAUAAUAUCUAACUCUGGGGUGAAAGGCAUUUCGUUUCUAAAGCCUGGGUGGAAAAUUAACCUCAGUAGAUUUAAAAUACAGUGUCACAAAGCACUGACAUGGAGACACCUACAGAUGUUGAAGUGUGGGGUACAUUUAGGCUACAUGUUUACAUGUAUAGAAACAAAUAAUUUAUAUUAGAAAUAGUAGGAUAACAUUUCAGCUUUAUAUUCAUUAUUCAUGUCAUCUUAAUCUUUUUAAAGUAUUUAAAUUAUAUUCAAGUUUCUUUUACAAUUUUUAGCACUUUAUAGAGAGCAGACUGUGAGACCAGCUGAAAUGCUUACUAGGGUUCCUCUACCCCCUUUUACACAUCUUACCACAAACUGAAUCUGCAAGGCAUGUGGGUGAAUAAAUCAACCUCUCUCAUGUACUCUUCACCUUCCUGUCACCUGACAGAAGGUACCAGAGCAUCCAUGCGACCACCACCAGGUUCCACUACAGCUUCUUCUAAUUCUGCUAAUUUGCCCCUAGCUGUGAAUGUAUAUGUUUAUGGUGUGCUGGUGUCUCAUUCAUGGUGUGUUUCUGCCUCAUGCCCAGGCUUUCUCAGCUAGGUUCUGGAUCCAGCAUGACCCUGACCUGGAUAAAGCACUUACUGAAGUUAAAUGAAUAAAUUAAUGAAUGAUGUGAUGGUUUCCUUCAUCCAAUACACUUCUGUUAUUCUUUUAAAUUAGUGUGCACUGUUCUGUGUUUUUACUGUACAUUUUUUACUCAUCUCUCACUGUUGUGUAUUUGCAUUUUAUGCAGUCCUGUUCGCCGUGCUGCUGUAUUAUGUAUUGCACCAUUGCCCUGAAUAAUUCAUUUUGUUCCAAAUGUAUACAAGUUACAGUCCCCUCCGAAACUAUUGGAACGGCAAGGCCAUUGAGAUCAAAAGAUGGAUACGAGCAGAGAGUUUAGAAUUUCAGUUUUUAUUUCCUGGUAUUUAUAUGUAAAUGUGUUAAACCACGUAGAACAUCGCACAUUUUGUAUCAGACCACCCAAUUUGUAGGCAAGCAAAAAUAUUGGAACAUGCAACUAACUAGCGUUUCUUGUUACCCAGGUGUG